CGCGUUUGCCUCGCGGGCCGAGGACUGGACGUGAGGCGGCGGGGGCGCGGCACGGCGGAGGGGAGGCGGUGGCUGGACGAGGCGGUGGCUGGACUACGCGGUGGCCCCGGACCUCGGCAUGGCUCGCCUGGUGCUUGGUCUGAUGAGCUGUACCCUCUUCAUAGCAGUUAAUGGUCUGUAUUCGUCUAGUGAUGAUGUAAUCGAAUUAACUCCGUCAAACUUCAACCGAGAAGUUAUUCAGAGUGAUAGUUUGUGGCUUGUAGAAUUCUAUGCUCCAUGGUGUGGCCACUGCCAAAGGUUAACACCAGAAUGGAAGAAAGUAGCAACUGCAUUAAAAGAUGUUGUAAAAGUUGGUGCAGUUGACGCAGAUAAACAUCAGUCCCUGGGAGGUCAAUAUGGCGUUCAGGGAUUUCCUACCAUUAAGAUUUUUGGAUCUAAUAAAAACCAACCAGAAGAUUAUCAGGGUGGCAGAACUGGUGAAGCCAUCGUAGACGCUGCUCUCGGUGCUCUGCGCCAGCUCGUAAAGGGCCGCCUUGGAGGCAGGAGUGGUGGAUAUAGUUCUGGAAAGCAAGGUAGAAGUGACAGUUCAAGUAAGAAGGACGUGAUUGAGCUGACGGACGACACCUUUGAUAAGAGUGUUCUUGACAGUGAAGAUGUUUGGAUGGUUGAGUUCUAUGCCCCUUGGUGUGGACACUGCAAAAAUCUAGAGCCAGAAUGGGCUGCGGCAGCUACAGAGGUAAAAGAGCAAACGAAAGGAAAAGUGAAGCUCGCAGCUGUGGACGCCACCGUUAACCAGGUUCUAGCCAGCCGAUACGAGAUUAGGGGAUUUCCUACAAUCAAGAUAUUUCAGAAAGGCGAGUCUCCUGUGGAUUAUGAUGGGGGACGGACGAGAUCCGACAUCGUUUCCCGGGCCCUUGAUUUGUUUUCUGAUAACGCUCCACCUCCUGAGCUCCUUGAGAUCCUCAGCGAGGACAUCGCCAGGAAGGCGUGCGAGGAGUACCAGCUCUGCGUCGUGGCUGUGCUGCCGCAUAUUCUAGACACGGGAGCUGCAGGCAGAAAUUCUUACUUGGAAGUUCUUCUGAAGUUGGCAGACAAAUACAAAAAGAAAAUAUGGGGGUGGCUGUGGACGGAAGCCGGAGCCCAGCCUGAGCUUGAGAAUGCGCUGGGGAUCGGAGGGUUUGGGUACCCCGCCAUGGCGGCUAUUAACGCACGCAAGAUGAAAUUUGCUCUUCUGAAGGGAUCGUUCAGUGAGCAAGGCAUUAAUGAGUUUCUCAGGGAGCUGUCUUUUGGGCGUGGAUCUACAGCCCCCGUGGGAGGUGGGGUCUUCCCUGCCAUUAGCACCAGAGAGCCCUGGGACGGCAAGGACGGCGAGCUUCCCGUGGAGGACGACAUUGACCUGAGUGACGUGGAGCUCGACGACCUGGAGAAAGAUGAGUUAUGAGAGGUGCCGCACAGACUCGAGUUUUCUUUUCUUGGGAGCGGAUUUUCCAGCAGUGAAGGAACAUUCUUUCCAAUCAGAUGGAUCUACCAGUGGCCUUUUUAACCAAGAAGUAACACUGAUUGGUCAUUUGAAAACACUGCAACAGUGAACUUCUGCGUCUCAAGAAAACAGUGAAAAAUUCUGUGAAUUGUCACAGCCGGUGAAUUGGGUCGUUUCUGUCAAAUAAUAUUUUGAAGAAAACUGAUGGGCUGUUUAAGCGUUUUUCCCUCCCUCUGACUGCUGCUUGAAUGUUCUUGGAGGCUGUUUCUUACAUACCAGGUUUUUUAAUGUGAUCCUUUCCUUUGAAUAUUAAUUGCUUUUUUCCAUUAAAGAAUAAAACUAUUUUGGACAAUGCCAAUAAAUGUAUGAAAUUAGUGUCCACAUCCUAAAUUCAGUAAAUUAGUACUAUGAAGGGAUGACCUUGAUGUCUCUCCUCCCUGUAAACCUGUGGUUCACAUGACACCGUCUGGAUGCCUGCCACCACACAGAUUUUACACGUGUCCUGCAAGGCUGAGUUUCAACUGUAAGUGUGAAACGUAAAGCGAGCUUAUAUAGAAGGAUGAAAAACAAUGGUUUGUCAAGUGAGAACUGCAUUCCACCCCCACUGUUUUGUCUUUGGGCCAUCACCAGCGACUACUAGGGUAUACAGCUGGUUAUACAGUUAGCCCACGGUUUUUAAUACGCUAUUAUUAAACCCUCACAAAAUGUCCCUUAAGACCUGAAACAAGCAGCAGGUUAGCAGUCUAUGGGAAGUCCCCAUUUACGUAAAACAUUCAGAAAAGUGAAGCUUUGAAUCUGUUAGAAUGUAAAUGAAGAGACAAUUCAAAGGAUUGAGAACAUUUCUUUAUUGUAACUUAAAAAAAAUAAAUACAACUGGAACUAA